UGUGAUACUGACUCUUGGACCAACAAUAUUCUGACUGUCGUCAGAAACUGUUUGACAUAAUGAUGACGUUUUAACCUUUUAUUUGUCGGUUCAAUUACUGUGAUUUUGCAUUAAUUUUUUGUUUUUUUUUUAUUUAUUCUUAUUUUCCAUUAGUUUUUUUAAUUUUUGUAAAAUAUAGGAUAUAGAUAUUUUGGUGAGUUGGUUGUGAUUUAUGUCCGGCUAUUAAAUUUAGGUCAUUUUCAUUAAUGACUGACACAGUUAAUUGAAUUUACAAAAAUUCGUAUCAAUUGUUAUUUGUGGUAUUAUUUAAAAUAGUUUGACGUGUUUAUCAGUGAUGUGGCAGCAAUAUUAUUAUUGAUAAAAAUUAGAGUUUUUGUACGAUGUCUCAACCGACAAGCAGUUAUCAACAGCCACCUUAUCCUGAUGGUUUCAAGGCUAAUAAUCAAUCAAUGCCACCACCAUCUUCUGGAGGAUUUGUUAAUGGUCAAAUAAUGGGAAUGCAAAAUAUACAAAAUGGAACACAGCUUCCGUCAUCUUUUAAUCAAACAGGCACUCCUUCGUCCCAAUCGUCACGUGAUCCCUCAAGAGAACCAUCAAGAGAUCCAUCACCUACUCAAUAUCUCCACAAUCAAUAUAGACCUCAACUUCAGCGACCGCCAAUGCCACCAAUUAAUGGUCAACAACCUCAACCACCCCAACAGCAACGAUUGCCUUUGCAAUCUCAACAGCAGCAAUUGUCUCAACAACCUCAACAACAACAACAACAACAAUUGCCUCAAUCACCGCAAAGACAGCAAUUGCCUCCACCAAUUCAGCAACAACUGCCACCUCAGUCAUCUCAAAAGCAGCAGAUGUUUCAGCAACCCCAACAACAACAACAACAAUCAUCUCAAAUGAUGCCACCAAGACAAUUUACUUCUCAAGGUCCACCACCUCGAAUUGGAGCAGUUCCUCCACAAACUAGACCUGUUUUAAAUGAUACCAAAACAAUUACACCUCAACCAUCACAAAAUAUUAAUAAUCGACCACAAAUGGCACCUCUUCAGUCAAUGCCAAAUGCCAAUCAAACAUGGUCGAAUCAAGCAACUAAAGAAACUAAUCAGACUACAUUGGAGAAUAGUGGUAUUAAUUCUAAUACAAAUGCAGCUUCACCACAAUUUUUUCAACAGUUGAAUCAACAACAAACACAACAGCCUGUACGACAAUUACAAACAUCUCCACCAUUUCAACAAACUCCACCAAUUGGAAUUCAAAGGCCAUAUCCAGGUCCACCGAUAGCACAAAAUAUAUCACAACCUCCCAUGCAAACUCAGAGUAAUCAAUUUAGGCCUCAACAACAACCACAACAACAACAAAAACCUGACUCUGUUGGUCAACCACCAAGACAAAAUUAUCCAACAAAUAUAAAUGGACCACCAACACAACCAGCACCACCAACUGGUGGUAGUCAAGUAAAUUUAACUAGUCCACAAAUGUAUAGACCACCACCACCCAAUGUAAAUUCAUUAAAAAAUAAUCUUGAAUCAGUGCCAUUAAUGCAAACACCAUCAAAUCAACAAACACAAAUGCAAUAUCCACCUGGAUCAGUAUCAUCAUCAUCAUUACCACCACCACCAAUGCAAAAAAAUAAUAAUUUACCACCACAACAAAAUUAUCAAAAACCAAUGUCAAAUAUACCAUUGGAUAAUAUACCAAAAAGAUAUCCAACUACAUAUCCAAAUGCUUAUCCAAAUGAUAUGAAUCAAAUGACAAAUCAAAUGAAAACAAUGAGUGUAACACAAAGUGGUUUUAAUGAAAUUUGGGGUAAUCAAACAGUUGAUUUAUUACAAUGUAGAAAUUUAUUACCAGCUGAAAAAGUUGAACCACCAAAAAUUAAAUUUAAUCAAGAUUUUUUUGAUAAUAGUAAUUGUAGUCCAGAUAUAUUUCGUUGUACAUUAACUAAAAUACCAGAAUCAAAUGCAUUAUUACAAAAAUCAAGAUUACCACUUGGUAUAUUAAUACAUCCAUUUAAAGAUUUAAAUCAUUUACCAGUAAUACAAUGUACUACAAUUGUACGUUGUCGUGCAUGUAGAACAUAUAUUAAUCCAUUUGUAUCAUUUGUUGAUGUUAAAAGAUGGAAAUGUAAUUUAUGUUAUCGUGUUAAUGAAUUACCUCAAGAAUUUUUAUUUGAUCCAGUGACAAAAAUGUCUGGUGAUCCAUCAAGAAGACCAGAAGUUAAAACAAGUACAAUUGAAUUUAUAGCACCAAGUGAAUAUAUGCUCCGUCCACCACAACCAGCUGUAUAUUUAUUUAUAUUUGAUGUAUCACGUCUUGCUGUUGAAAGUGGAUAUUUAAAAACAGUAUGUAAAACAAUUAGUGAUGAAUUAUCAAAAUUUCCAGGUGAUGCUAGAACACAAAUUGGUUUUAUGGCUAUUGAUUCAUCUGUACAUUUUUUUAGUAUGCCAGAAAAUGUAUCACAACCACAUGAAUUAAUAAUGCUUGAUAUUGAUGAUGUAUUUUUACCAUGUCCAGAAAAUCUUAUUGUUAAUUUACAUGAAAGAAAUGAGUUGGUACUUGAUUUAUUAAAUCAAUUAUCAACAAAAUUUAUUGGUACAAAUGAUACAAAUUCAGCACUUGGUGCUGGUUUAGAAGCAGCGCUAAAAAUUAUGUCUGCAACUGGUGGACGUAUUAGUGUAUUUCAAACAUGUUUACCAAAUGUUGGACCAGGUAAAUUAGAACCACGUGAAGAUCCAAAUACACGUGCUAGUAAAGAUAUACCACAUCUUAAUCCAUCAACUGAUUUUUAUAAACGUUUUGCACUUGAUUGUAGUGCACAACAAAUUGCUGUUGAUUUAUUUUUAAUAAAUAGUCAAUAUAGUGAUUUAGCAACGCUAUCUGGUAUGUGUAAAUUUUCUGGUGGUUGUAUUUAUCAUUUACCAUUAUUUCGUUAUGAUAAACCACAAUGUAAUAUAACAUUAGAUAGAAUGUUACGUCGUUAUAUUACAAGAAAAAUUGGUUUUGAAGCUGUUAUGAGAACAAGAUGUAGUCGUGGUUUGAGUAUACAUACAUUCCAUGGUAAUUUUUUUGUUAGAUCAAUGGAUUUAUUAACAUUACCAAAUGUUAAUCCAGAUGCUGGUUUUGGUAUGCAAGUAUCAAUUGAAGAAAAUUUAUCAGAUGUAUCAAGUGUUUGUUUUCAAGCUGCAUUAUUAUAUACAUCAAGUAAAGGUGAAAGAAGAAUACGUGUACAUACAUUAUGUUUACCAGUAACAUCAAAUUUAAAUGACAUAAUAUAUUCAGCUGAUCAACAAUGUAUUGUUGGUUUAAUAGCUAAAAUGGCUGUUGAUCGUGCUGGACAAUAUUCAUUAUCUGAUGCAAGAGAUGCACUUAUUAAUGUUGCUAUUGAUGUAUUAACAAUAUUUAAAUUAUCAUCAUCAGCAAUGGUUGGUGGUUUAAUGGCACCUGGUAAUCUUAAAUUAUUACCAUUAUAUAUUAUGGCAUUACUUAAAUGUAUUGCAUUUAGAACUGGUACAAGUACACGUCUUGAUGAUAGAUUAUAUUCAAUGUGCCAAAUGAAAUCAUUACCAUUAACACAAAUGAUACAAACUAUUUAUCCAGAUUUAUAUCCAAUUCAUAUGCUUGAUGAUAGAGGUGCUAAAAUUAUUGAUUCUAAAAAAUGUCCACAACCACCAAGAAUUCAUGUUACUGCUGAAAAACUUGAUUUUAGAGGAGCAUUUUUAAUGGAUGCAUAUGACAAAAUAUUUAUUUAUAUUGGCAAAAAUAUUGAUCCUAUUUUUUGUGCAAAUAUACUUGGAGUACCUAAUUAUUCAUCUAUACCUGAAGAAAUGUAUCAAUUGCCAGAAUUGGAUAAUGAAGAUAGUGAACGUUUAAGAAACUUUGUUUUCUUUCUUCAAGAAGAAAAGCCUUAUUAUGCUCCAAUGCAAAUUAUACGAGAUGACAGUCCAUAUAGAAAUAUAUUUACUGAACGCCUAGUUGAAGAUCGAUUUGAAUCAGCAUUGAGUUACUAUGAAUUUUUACAACAUCUUAAAACACAGAUUAAAUAAAUUUUGACAAUGGUGAAAAUAAAAAAGAAAAAAUAGUUAUUCUACAAACAUUAAAUUAAAAGUGUCAGUUGAGUGUUUAUUUAGUCUACUCAGUGUUUGAUAUUGAUAACAAGUAAUACGACACAAAGGUGUACUUGAGCAUUGACCAAACAUUAUAUAUUUAUUAGUGUAAAUUGGCAUUCACAUUCGAUAAUUCUUGUGGUAUUUGCAGAGCUAUUCAUAAUGAUUUAACACAUAAAAGACAAUUAAUUAAAAAAUAACACAACAAAGAAAAUAGAAAAAAAAAAAAAAACAAGUAAAUAAUUCAAGUUUACAAGUAUGAAUCAAAGACAAGGUAUAUUCUUUAAUUAAUUUUAAAAAUGUAAUUAUUAUUAUUACUGUUGUUAAACCUUGGUCAUGUGUUGAUUUAUUAUUAUUUUUUUUUUUUCUUUUUUUUUCUUCAAAUGCAAGACGUAUAAAUAUUUGUAGGUAUAGUAUGUUUAGUCUAUGAAAAAAAAUGGACAAUUGUUAAAUUAAAUAAUCGUAUUAUCAAUAUGAGAAUGUACAUUUUCAUUUAAUAAAAUUCAUUGUAUUGAAUGAUUUAAAAAAACAAAAAUAAUAAUAAUUAUGCUAUGAAAUAGCUUCAAUUCUGAUUUAUUGAAAAAAAUAAUAAAUAAUUUGUUGACACUCAUUGUGGAUUUGAAAAAAAUUUAAUCUUUUUUUUUUUCGUUUUAAACGAGAUCUUUUCUUCUUUUUGUAGUAAAAAAAAAAUAAUUAUGAGACAAUUUUUUUAUCGUCGGCAAUAACAAUGACAACUGCCUCGUGUUUUCACGAAAAUCAAUAAAUAAAAUAUUUGUAAUUAACCAAUUAAAUUGGUUAAUAUAGAAACAUAAUUUUGUAUGUUUUUUUUUUUAUUUAUUUAUUUGAAAAAUAACGUUUUAGUCUCUAAUGGAAUAUACGAAAUAUCUUUUUUCAAAACAAUGUAAAAAAGAAGAAAAUUAGGAAACGAAAAAAAAGUAAUAAUAAAUUAAAUCUAUGAGAAAAAAAAAAA